AUGGAAGAAGCGCUUAGAAGGCUCGACGGAAUACCGAGCCAUACACUAGAAACCAUCCUGCACGAACCCAUCAUCGCGGAUCUCCAGAAUAAAUCAGCACCUACCAACACGGCUAGCACCACAACAAACAAAAGGUCACUGAAAGAAAGUGGUGGGAGCUUGAGGUACCGUGGCGUCCGCAGGAGGCCAUGGGGUCGUUAUGCAGCCGAGAUAAGGGAUCCUCAGUCUAAGGAACGGCGUUGGCUUGGCACUUUUGACACUGCUGAGGAGGCUGCUUGUGCCUAUGAUUAUGCAGCUCUAGCAAUGCGUGGUCUCAAGGCUCGGACUAAUUUCGUGUACCCAGAUGCUCAUUCUGCAACAGUUGACCCUUCUCAUAACUUGCUCCCUCCGUUUACCUUCUCAGAAUCAUCUCAUCAACCCUCUCGCCACUAUACUAAAUCCUCUUCAAAUUGCUCUUUUCUUGGUCACCCUCAUGUUGGUGACUUCUCUGCUGGUGGGUCUCCACCGCAUAGGAGUAGUGACAGUGUUGCUGGUACUUCUCUGAACAUGCUUUUUCUCCGUGAUUUCAUUCACUACCCUUCGGGUUCGUCGUCUCAUAAUCAUCCCCAACCUUUUUCUGAUCACUCUCCAUGCAUCAAUGGGUCCUCCAAUUCUGAUCCUAGCAAUUUCUCAGGUGGUUAUUUUGUGAAUCCUUCUAUUAACACUAUUUCGAGUUCAUUUAAUAUCUCUUUAGCAGACUCAACUGUCACUACUCUACCGCACAUGGAGUUUCAUCAGAAUUAUAGUACUCCUGGAGACCUGAAAAGGCCCGACGCCAAAGCUGAAGAGUUGGAAUUUUUUCCACAAGAACCAUCCGAUUCUGGUUUGUUGCAAGAGAUUAUUCAAGGGUUUUUCCCUAAACACUCCUCUGACAAGAUUGCGUCUUCAGAAAGCUCUGGAGAGUCAAUAGCUGCACCAACGUCUGAAAUAGUAUCUGUUAAUCAGUCACUAGAUGGGUCGAGAACGGGCAUGAAGAAGUACUUUGUUAAAAAUGAGCACCAUGAUCCUUAUCUUGGUCAUCAAGGAAUAAGGUCGGGGCAGAUAAUUGGGGGCUGUUACAGGGGGGUUAGUUCUCAUGAACUUCCGCACUGUAAUGAGAUGCCAUUGAUCAAUCAUCAGAUGGGUCCGGACUCCAUUUUAGAUGACAUUUUUCAGUACCCAGAUCGUAUGAGUGCCUCUGCUGCUAGGUUCUAG